AUGAAGGCGGCUCGCUAUCACCCUGAGACGAAUACAUGCUCAAUAGAUGAGAUCCCGAUUCCAAACAUCAAUGAAAACGAGAUCUUGGUCAAGGUCGCCUCGGCAGGCUUGUGUCAUUCGGACCUGAUGCUGUUUGACGGAUCAAUCCCUGCCACCGAGCCUGUGGUGAUGGGCCACGAAGGCGUGGGCCACGUGGAGAAGCUCGGCGCCAACGUCAAGGGAUUCAAGCCCGGCGACCGCAUCGGGUUUUUGUAUAUCAAAGAUGUCUGCUUCGAGUGUGAUGGAUGUCUGGUGCACAAUCUCAACUGCAAAUUAGGCACGGCCAAAAUCCAAGGAUUUCAAUGCGACGGCUUCUUCGCCGAGUAUGCGGCCGUAGAUUAUCGUAACGCCAUCAUCCUCCCAGACAACCUCAGCAUGGACAGCUCUGCCCCCUACUUCUGUGCUGGAAUUACAGCCUUUCACGGAGUCGAUUCAUGUGGGCUGAGCUCUGGCCAGUGGAUGGUGAUUGUGGGUUGCGGAGGUCUGGGCCAAAUGGCCAUCCGCUUCGCCAAAGCCAUGGGAUUGAAAGUCGUGGGCCUCGACAUCAACGAUGAAGUGCUCACAGCGGCCAAGGAGAGCGGAGCAGACGUCACAGUCAACAGCAGAAACGCCGACUUUGAAAAGCAAGUGAGAGAUGCCACAGGGGGAGGGGCCGACGCCGCGGUGGUCUUCAGCGCCGCGCAGGCAGCCUACGAUAGCGCGGCCAAGGUACUGCGAAUUGGUGGCAUUUUGAUGGUAAUCGGCCUGCCCUCGAAACCGAUUCAGUUCUCCGCGUUGGACUUGAUGAAAAAGCUGUAUCAGAUCCGAAGCGAAAGUACGGGCCCUCCACAACAGAUGCCACGAGCGCUUGACUUCAUCUCCAAGCACAAUAUCAAGCCCAGGGUCGAGCCGUAUAAGCUUGAGCAGAUCCACGAGAUGAUGGACCUGAUGCGAAGUGGCAAGUCCAAGUCCCGCAUGGCGGUGGUGUUCUAA